AUGACCACGACGACCGUACAAAACCAACCGAAGUCUAACAAUUCACAGCACAAUACACCACCUGCAAAGCUUCAGAAGACGUAUGGGAAGAUAGUUUUGACGCUCUACAAUUGUCUUCUACCGGAAUCAGUAUUCAAGGAGACACCUUCACAAGCUGAUAGCCUUGACAUCGAAACUGAGACAGAUCUUAGGAUCCUGGGUUGCGAAAUGAUACAAACAGCUGGCAUCCUGCUCCGGCUACCCCAAGUAGCUAUGGCGACUGGUCAGAUUUAUCUACAAAGGUUUUACUACUCGAAAUCAUUUGUACGAUAUCCCAUGGAAACUAUGGCAAUGGGUAGCAUAUACUUAGCGUCCAAAGUCGAAGAGAAACCAUGCAGAAUAAGAGAUGUAAUCAACGUGUUUCACCACAUCAAACAGGUCAGAGCACAGAAAACAAUAAGUCCAAUGUUAGUUGACCAAAAUUACAUAGAAUUGAAAAAUCAGGUCAUCAAAGCUGAAAGACGUAUCUUAAAAGAGCUCGGAUUCUGUGUACAUGUUAAACAUCCACACAAACUUAUUGUGGUUUACUUACAAUUACUGCAAUAUGAAAAAAACCGCCAACUAAUGCAAAUGGCUUGGAACUACAUGAAUGAUGCUCUAAGGACAGAUGUCUUUAUGAGAUUUCCUCCUGAAACCAUUGCAUGUGCUUGCAUUUACUUGACGGCCAGAAAAAUAGGUUUGCCGCUGCCCAAUAACCCACACUGGUUCCUUCUAUUCAAAGUUACAGAAGAUGAUAUCAGGGAAGUCUCAAUGAGGAUACUACAAUUAUAUAAACGUGCUAAAGUCAACCCUGAAGAAUUGGAGACCAAAGUUGAGAACCUCCGCAAAAUAUACAUAGCUAAUAAACAUUCACAGGCAAUAAAAGAUAAAGAAGCUAAGAACGAAGAAAAGAAACCCGAAUCACCCACUGCAUCAACUUCUAAAGACACCAGACGGGAUACUAAGAAAGAAAAAUCUCCUAAAACUCCACCUUUAUCCUCAAAGUAUCACAGUAGUCAUAAAUCAAAGAAGGAGCGGAGGUCAAGAUCUCCUUAUGAUAAGAAGAGGGAUUAUUCAAGUAAGAGGCAUCGUUCAAGGUCUCGUGAUCGUGAUGCAGAUCGUUCUAAGGAUCGGAGAUCUGAUGACAAGCGUAGUAGGAUGUCUUCGAGGAAAUAUGAUGAUUAUGACAGGUCAAAGUCAAGUCGUGAUGGACGGGAUGACAAAAGGAAACAUUAG